AUGGUUUCCUGUCCGAUAUGCGAGAAAUUCGUGCCGCAGUUGAAGAUUAACGAUCACAUUGAUUCCGGCUGUCAGAGCUUCAUUGAAGAACCCUCCUCCUCUCCCGGGGACGCAUCGUCCUCUCAGAAGGGCCCUGUUCCAAGCAUAUUCCAACCUGCAUCGGCGCGCAAGGCAUCCACACAGCCAGUGAUCGCGAAAGAGUCCCCAUCGCGGGUAAUAGCAACCCCGCGUCCUCUCAACGGCAAGAGAUCAUUCGUCCAGGAGGAAACGCCAGAACGUGGACCGAAGCAAACAAAUGGCGAACCUAAAGAGCCUCAAGCAAAACGCCCCAAGGUCAAUGCUUUCCACAAAGCUGCCCCACUUGCAGAGCGCAUGCGACCCAAGACACUGGAGGAAGUAUGUGGCCAAGAGCUUGUCGGUCCGAACGGCGUCCUGCGCGGGCUCAUCGAACAAGAUAGGGUACCCAGCAUGAUUCUGUGGGGCAGUGCAGGGACAGGCAAGACAACUAUUGCUCGAGUCAUUUCCUCAUUGGUAGGCAGUCGCUUUGUGGAAAUCAACAGCACAAGCAGCGGCGUCGCAGAGUGCAAGAAGAUAUUCGCUGAGGCUCGUAGUGAGCUUGGCCUGACUGGUCGGAAAACAAUCAUUUUCUGUGAUGAGAUUCACCGUUUCUCCAAAUCACAGCAGGAUGUUUUUCUGGGUCCUGUUGAGAGUGGCCAGGUCACCCUAAUUGGAGCAACAACGGAGAAUCCUUCGUUCAAGGUCCAGAAUGCCCUUCUCUCACGGUGCCGAACAUUCACUCUCGCGAAGCUCACUGACGAAGAUAUCACCUCCAUUCUCCAUCGUGCCCUCCGCGUGGAAGGUCCAAGUUAUUCACCCUCGAACCUGGUUGAUGAAGAACUGAUCCAAUAUCUGGCCAAAUUUGCCGAUGGAGACGCUCGCACAUCGCUCAAUCUGCUGGAACUUGCCAUGGAUCUCUCCAAACGGCCAGGCAUGGAUAAGGAAACCCUGAAGAAGUCUCUCACCAAAACCCUUGUGUAUGACCGCGCUGGAGAUCAGCACUAUGACACCAUAUCCGCCUUUCACAAGUCCAUCCGAGGCAGUGAUCCAGACGCCGCGCUGUAUUACCUCGCUCGCAUGAUCCAGUCGGGAGAAGACCCCCUUUACAUCGCUCGGCGGUUGAUUGUUGUUGCUUCAGAGGACAUUGGCCUUGCGGAUAAUACCAUGUUAACACUGGCCACCUCGACCCAUGCUGCUGUUGAAAAGAUCGGUCUUCCAGAAGCGAGGAUCAACCUGGCGCAUGCUACCGUGGCGAUGGCACUGUCAAAGAAGAGCACUCGCGCGUAUCGUGGCUUGAACAAUGUCUUUGCUGCCUUGAACGAACCUGGAAUCGCUGGCCUACCUGUUCCUGUUCAUCUGAGAAACGCUCCUACCAAACUCAUGAAGGAGAUGGGUUAUGGUGCCGAGUACAAGUACAAUCCAAACUAUGUUGACGGCAAAGUGCGGCAGGAGUAUCUGCCAGAGCAGCUGCUGGGUCGAACCUUCCUAGAAGACUUGGACUUGGGCACUCAGAGAGAUCGUGAUUUGAACACUUUCCAAAGAGGCUAA